AUGUCCGUCAUCGAGAUCCCAGACGAAGUGGCCAAGCACAACCCACGACUCCUAUGGUUGAAACUGCAGAGUGGUGGGCUCCCCCUGCCUCUCACGGUGGACCACGUUGAGCGCUGCUUUGACUGGUCGGCAUACUGGAACUCGCCGGCACGGUCAAGACACGAAGUGAAGGUGUACCGCGACAUGCUGACAGAGGUCUAUGACAACAUGAAGAUGGAGCCUGCCGCGGCUCCAGCUCUCCGCCCCAUCGUCGUUCCGCUCGCUAUGCUGGCACCAUACAACUGGCCGCCGGUCGAUGGCACCCAACCGCUGGGCUCUACAAACACCCCGGGUCUUCGGAGGCUCCAGGUCGAACACGGUGGUCUGCCCCUGCCGCUCUCCGAGGAACACUUUGUGCUAGGCAUGGAGGCCGUCAACCAGCUGCAAGCGCGAGCAAGCUCGUUGGAAGGCGGCUACGUAGCCCAAAUCGCCGUGACCACGUUCGGCAAGGACCUCGUCGACGCGGCCUCGCCACCGGGAGCCUCACGACCUGCUGUGAAAGGUGUCGGGAGCGAGCGUGACCGUCGCGAGAGGGAGCGUAUAGCGUCCGUCCAGGACCGCCUCCACCGCGAGCGUGUUGAGCGAAUGCGGCAAAGGGAGGAGCAACAGCAGGGACGGUCGGGAGCAGGUGCGACUCCUACCCAAGGUAGCCAUGCGGGACCAGGUACUGCCUUGUUCACUCCCAAUGCGACUGGCAAGGAGGAUGACGAGAUUACGCUGGUGAAUGUGUGA